AUGUUAAAAUGCCUCCACAUCCCUAAAGAAAAACGCCAAGGUCCUGCCCGUAGAUACUACCACAGUCUCUGCACCGUCACCGCCACCUCCAUCAUCGUCAUCAUAUUCAUUCUCGUAUCCCUAGUGUACCAAUUCCCGGGAAGAAACAACUCGAUUCUCGACUUCGAAACCCCAAGCAUAACAUAUAAAAUCUACGUCUUCCAAUACUGCGUAUCUAGCGGCCUCGAAAACGACAGCGGGGUCGAUAAAAACCCGAAUGCGAAAGAUGGAUUGGGGUGUCAUUUAGAUCUUAACCCCCUCGGCUAUAUCGUCGCUACAACAAACAUACAAGCAGAACCCAGCGAUCUCACCACCUUCUACGCAUUAAUGACCGUCGCAUUCGCCUUCUACUACGUUGGUUGUCACGUAAUCGUUCUCACAAUCUAUCUCUGGUGGCGAUGGUAUAACCGGCAGUUUAACCCUGGCGAAAAAGUUCCCAAGAAAAGUUUCACAAAAUUGAUGAUCGCGUGCUUUAUCGGACUAACCAUCUUCUGCAUCCCCGCCUCCUGCCUAACCCACGCCUCCUACCUCGGUAGCGGAAUCGCCGGCGGCGGAAUCCCCAAAUCCUAUUCCAAAAUCGGGAAUCUCUACAUGCUCUUCGUGCAUUCUCUCUGGCUCUGGUAUCUCGCCUCUCUCCUCAUCAUUUUUCUGCUCCGCAGAAAAGAUUAUCCCAAACUGCCUAAAGAGAAGAAGGAACAGGAAGAAGAGAAGUCGGUAGAUACGGAAUCGGUUUCGGGUUCGGGUUCGUCUUAUGGAACUGAGUGGGAUUAUGGCUCGGAUCCUGUGGGUCCGACUUAUUGGCCGUCGGGACACUAUAAGUGA